ACAAGUGGGCAUGGAGUCGGCUCAACCCGUCUGGAGUGAAACCCACUCCCAGGUCUGGCUUCUCCGUGGCAAUUGGUCCCAAUAACCGCUCCCUGCUGUUUGGAGGCGUGCAUGAUGAAGAGGAGGAAGAGAGCAUUGAAGGGGACUUCUUCAACGAUAUGUAUUUCUAUGACAUCGGGAAAAACCGCUGGUUUCCUGGACAGCUGAAGGGACCAAAAUCAGAGAAGAGGAAGCGAAGACGUGGCAGACAAGCUGAGGCAGAGGGUGCUGGAGAUGAGAUGGAGAAGCAACCGCUACAAGGCCCGGUGGAGAUAGUCAAAGAGGUGGUGGCAGAAGAUGGGACUGUCAUGACAAUCAAGCAGGUGGUCUCUGGACCUGCAGAAGAGAAGGAGAGAUCUGAAUCAGAGGAGGAGGAGGAAGAUGGAGCCUUGGGCCAGCAAGUGGAGCCAUGCCCACGUUCAAAUGCCAUGUUGGCAGUGAAGCAUGGGGUUCUCUACGUGUAUGGUGGAAUGUUUGAGGUGGGCGAUCGUCAGUUCACCCUCAGUGACCUUUACAGCAUUGACCUACACAAGAUGGAAGAAUGGAAGGUGCUAGUGGAGAUGGAUCCAAAAGCACAAGAGUGGCUGGAGGAGUCGGAGUCAGAUGAAGAGGACGAUGAUAGAGAAGGUGCAGAGGGAGGGGAAGAGGAAGAGGAGAGCUCUGAAGAGGAGAGUGAAGAUGAGGAAGGAGAGGAGCAACACCCAUCUGUUCAGCCUGAGGAGAAGCAUGCAGACUAUCUGUCCAGGACGGAGCAGUAUUGGAUUAAACUAGCCCGCAGCAACAUGGGCCCGGAUGCCAAGGAGAAGAAGGUGGUAAAAGUGGCACAUGCCAUGGCAAAGACUUUCUAUGAAGAUUCAGUCUAGAGGUUGUUGAGCGUGUUCCAUGGGUGAAGAAACAUACUGGGAGCAGUGGUUAGCUCCGCUGAACUCAGCCUGGCGUGCCAGGCAGUUGGCAUGUCCGGAAGGCAUCCUGGCACUGCAGUGUUUGCCUGCUCGGAGUGCCUCGGCUGACCAGUCUCAAUAUGCCUACUCAGUUAAUGCUCUGGGUAUGCCAUUGUUCCCUGGAGGUUGUGGGAGGUUCUUGAGGAACAGGAUGGCUGUCCAAGCACUUGUUCUGCUGAGGCUGGUGUAUACAAUACUGCCAUAUUUUUGUU